AUGGCGGAGUGUCUAGGGAGAUGUAUUGGGAAGCUGGUUGAGAAAAGGAAGUUUUGUGGUUUGAAUCCAUCUUCUACAGAUCAAAUAUGUUCCCAUCAACAGUUUGCUGAUGAUUCUAUAAUAAUGGGGAAAGCUAUAGUGAAGGAUUCUAGAAGUUUAAAGAAGGCUCUGGAUAGCUAUGGUUCUACUAUCGGACAACUUAUCAAUUGGUCUAAAAGCUUUGUUUAUUUCAUCAAUACUCAGAAGAGAAGGAGGACUAAAAUUAGUAAUAUCCUGGGUUGUCAAGUUGGAAGUCUUCCUGCUUCUUACUUGGGGCUCCCCUUAUGCCAUGAUCCACUUGAUACUUUUUGGGGAGCCUUAGUGGACAAAUUCCACAAGAAGCUGUCUAGCUGGAAGGGGGCUCUUCUUAGCCAAGCUGGUAAGGUUCAAUUGCUGAAAUCUACUCUACAAAGUAUCCCUCUCUAUGCCAUUAGUCUCUUUAGAAUCCCUGCCAAGUAUGCACAGGCCAUUGAAAUGAUUUAG